UUAACAUCAUCUUGUCGCUGUGUCUCACCCUAUGUCUUCAAUAGAUAAUGAGACUCAUGGCUCUGUCAAAUUUGAUUACGGGUAAUGCUCUACGAGUCGCGCUUCCAAUGUUGUCGGACUGUCCGAAGGCAACAAAGCCCCGGCAUUAUGGACCCACGCCCUUAUCAACACUCCCCAGCCCCGCCAGACCUUCAUACCGGCCUGGUGAUAGUGUCUCAUUGACGCAUUAUCGGAAUAUGAUGCCAAUCCCGAUCAUACUUGGUAAAGACGUAUCACAAUUGUGACAAGGCAAGGUGCGGAAGUUGUUGUCAGGUAGCUCAAGUGAAUUGAGAGCAGUAUAAGUAGGCUCAGGAAGUUCUUGUCAGCCCAUCUCUCAGAUGAGGUUCGCAUUUCAAUACCAUACAAACUUGGUGCUACUGCCGCCAACAUGAAGCCUUUCGAAUGGGACGAGCAUUACGACUUCCCACGUGAUCUUGUUGGCUAUGGAGAGAAAUCGCAUAAUCCUAGGUGGCCAAACAAUGCAAAGAUCGCAGUGUCUUUCGUGAUCAAUUAUGAAGAAGGUGCAGAGCAUACUGUGCUAAAUGGUGAUGUUCAUUCGGAGACACAUUUGUGGGAAGCUUCAGGUGGCCAGCCUCAUAUGCAAGAGCGCGCUGUGAAUAUUGAAUCCGAGUACAACUAUGGCUCUCGCAGUGGUGUCUGGAGGCUGUUCCGCCUGUUCAACAAAUAUAAAAUGAAAUACACUCUGUACGCUGUUGGACAGGCUAUUGAAAAGAACCCAGCUGUGGCUAAAUCAUCAGUUGAGAACGGUCAUGAUAUCGCUUCGCACGCCUACCGUUGGAUUGACUAUCACAAAAUGCCCGCAGAGCAAGAAAAAGAUUACAUUCGUAAAGGAAUCGAAGUCAUUAAGGAUGUUUCUGGUGUGUAUCCGAAGGGAUGGUACUAUGGACGACUCUCGCCCAGAUCACAUGCUCUUGUUUGGGAUGUAUACAAGGAGAUGGGGCUGCCUCUACUGUGGGAAUCCGACUCCUAUGCUGACGACAUACCCUACUGGGUCGACGUUCCGGCAGAAAAAGAUGAAGCGAAGCCUGAAGGAAUGUUGAUGGUUCCUUACAGCUAUGAUUGCAACGACUAUAAGUUCAACGUGCCGACGGGUUUCGGUGCUCCGAACGAUUUCUAUGAUCAUGUCAAGGGUGCAUUCGAUAUCUUGUAUGAAGAGGGACAAGAGGGUAUGCCUAAAAUGAUGACAAUUGGACUCCACUGUAGAUGUAUUGGCAAGCCGUCACGCUUCUCCGCAUUGAAGAAGUUCGUUGAGUACAUUGCUGCCAAGGAGGGUGUCUGGGUGGCGACACGGACGCAGAUUGCGGAACAUUUCAGAGCGCAAUUUCCAUACAAGAAGGGCGAGCUCGCAUGAGUUGGACG